CUAAACACGGCAGCUUCAAGCACGAUGCAGACCGACAUGAUGGACCAAGGUGUAUAUAUCGCGUUGCUCUCUCACUAUGAGUUCCAGGUCCUUGCCGGACUCAGUUUGUGCUUUGGGCGUCGUGGUCGUCGUUCAGUGAAUAAUGACGCUUACAACGCCUCCAUCAAUCCUCGAUCUCUCCUUGACCAUGCCAGAACAUCGGUAUCAACCGCAUGAUGAUGAAGACACGCGUAUGCAGACUGAGGCAAUUGAAUCGCACGUAGCAGAUGAUCUGCAGCAGGAUGGGGAUGAAUACAGCGACUUUGCAGAGGAUCCCGAAGAACUCGAGAUAAUAGAUCGACUCCUCCUUGAAGUCGCCGCAGGGCAAUCUUCCGACCUGAGAGCGCCUUUACAGGUCACAGACAUCGAAGACUAUGAAGCACCACCAGGCGUUCGUCUGCCUAAGGUGUUUGGCUACGAAGCAACGCGUCAAUGGCACGUCGAGACUCAACCUACAGAGAUUCUCGUCGAGCAGAACAUAUGCGACCAGAGUGCGGCUAGCGGAAUCGAGACCCAAGAAUGGCGAGAACGGACAGCUGAAGCUGGAAAGAGAAGAGACAUCUUCAGAGCAGCCGUCUGAACUUGACAAGCGAUCUCCGCUUGAACGAUUUAGAAAGCCGCCGAAGAAACCACUCUCGGUCACCGAUCUGAUAUCUCCCUCCUGGUGCGAGUUACAAUAUUUCUACGUGCUGAGCAAGCAUGGGCGCAAGAGGAGGACCCCGGCUAUGAAACAAGGCAGCGCAGUCCACCAGGCUCUUGAAGAUGAAGUACACGUUACUGUGCCUGUGAGGAUCGUAACGAAAGAAGAUAGCUGGGGUCUGCGGAUCUGGAACGUCAUUCAAGGCUUGAGGACGUUACGUGAGACAGGUCGGACUCGAGAACUGGAAAUCUGGGGUUCCGUGGGUGGUGAGUUCGUCAAUGGCGUCGUGGACGAGCUUAGUUACGAGUGUCCGGACCUGAAACUCGAGGAGCAGAGCCUCAAGUUCGCGUUGAACCAGGAGUCAGGGCCCCUACCGCCAGAGUAUCAAGCCAGUAUUCGGGAUUAUCUGGUCACCAGCGAAAGCAGAGAGCAGGGCCAGUCGAUUGAGACAGCGCUCAGCAGUCACGCCACCGAGCCUUCACAAUCACGGCGGCCGACACGGUCCAUUGACCAGACACGCGUAUACAUUACGGAUGUCAAAACGAGAGGGUCAUCAACUCUGCCUACAGGGUCGAGCAUCCGACCAACUGUCAUUCAACUGCAUCUGUACCAUUACAUGCUCGAGAAUCUCGCACAAGGGAAUUUCUCGCUCACUGAAGUUGCCAUGCGGUAUGGGCUUGACGUUCACGCGACCUUCUCAGACGAAUUCAUUGCGCAGAUCGGGAAUUUGAACCAAGAAGUCUACGACCUGGCUAGCUCACAGCAUCGAGAAAUCGACAGUGAAGACGUUUGGCCCUCAACGCAGGACUCGAUGGAGAUUUUGCUCCAACACAACAAUCUCGAAAAGCUCUGGCAAUUCAUGAUGUGGCAGUUCCGAGAAACAUUCCUACUCCCUUCGCCGAGCCUCGGUGCCACGCUCACUUCCACGCCAGAUACCCAGGAAAUACCCUCCUCAACACCACAAUCUGUUUCGCAACUUCCAAGUCCACCGUCUCUACCAACACGCCUUUCCUCUCUCUUGACCGCCCGGUAUGUCUCGGCAACUCGGGAGUCAGCUGAUGGCGAGCCGGAGCUACUGGGCAGCAAGUCCAUCAUUUUCAAUCCGAAUUUUCUAAAGUCCUACCUCUAUGAUGCUCUGGCGUUCUGGCGAGGAGAACGGGAUCCCAAGGGCGUGGAAGUGCGAGAUGCCUGGAAGUGUCGUAUUUGUGAGUUCCGCGAUGAGUGUUCGUGGAUUCAUGAGCGGGAUCAGCUUGCCAAAAGCGAGGCGGAGGAGCGAAGAAGAAUGAGGGAGGUUGCUGGCUUGGAAAAUGGCGCGAACGGAGCCAGGAGGAGCCAAGUGUAGGUAGUAGUUUCGUGGUUCUGAUUUCGGUCAUGUCAUUUGGAAGUGCUGGACGCACAAUGACCAGCACAACGAAUCUGGAGCAUGGUCAUUUUGGUCAGCUCAACGCACUUUAGGCGACGCCUUGAGAGGUUUGUUGACGCCUUUACCUCAAGAGGUACAUGAUGGUAUGAAUUUGAUAUGACGAGCAACGCUGAGCUUUGCUAGAGAGCUUGACGACUUGUCCUUUGCUGCAGCGUUUUAGAUCUACCAAACGAAGCCAUAAGUUGGCGGAUUCAUAUCUGCAUGCAAAACGAUCAAAUUUCAUUUCAUGGUCUCUUCAAGGUCGGUCUUUUACUGAAUUGCCCUUACAUGGCGGCAACUAUCA